GACUUCUACCAGGCCAAGGCCAUGGCAGAGAUCCUGCGUUACUUCAACUGGACAUACGUGUCGACCGUAGCCUCAGAAGGCGACUAUGGCGAAACCGGCAUAGACGCCUUUCAGCAAGAGGCUCGGGCCCGCCAGAUUUGCAUUGCCACUUCAGCCAAGGUGAGCCGGUCCAUGAGCCGCUGGAGUUAUGAGAAUGUAAUCCGCUCCCUUCAGCAAAAGUCCAACGCUAAGGUGGUCAUCCUGUUCACGCGCAGUGAAGAUGCCCGGGAGCUGCUGGUGGCGGCCAACCGCAUGAACGUCUCCUUCACCUGGGUGGCCAGUGAUGGCUGGGGGGCACAGGAGAGCGUGGUGAGGGGAAGCGAAGCUGUGGCAGACGGGGCCUUCACUAUCGAACUGGCCUCCUAUCAGAUCCCUCACUUCAAUGAUUACUUCACUGCUCUGCAUCCGUACAACAACACCAGGGACCCCUGGUUCAGGGAAUUUUGGGAGAACCAGUUCCAGUGCAGCCUCCAUGACCUGGGCUGUGGGAAACACUCUUUGCGUGAAGUUCCAUUUCAGCCAGAAUCAAAGAUCAUGUUUGUAAUGAAUGCUGUUUAUGCGAUGGCUACUGCCUUACACAACAUGAGGCAAGCUUUGUGCCCCAACUCCACCAAAGUGUGUGACGCUCUUAAACCUGGCAAUGGCCGCAAGUUUUACAGGGAUUACAUCCUUAAAGUCAAGUUUGAUGCACCGUUUCGACCCCCUGACACAGAGAAUGUAGUUCGUUUUGAUGUCUUUGGAGACAGCGUUGGCCGCUACAACAUUUUCCACUACCACAAAGAAGGUGGACGAUAUGUCUACCGCAGUGUUGGCUACUGGGCUCAGAGCCUGACGCUGAACACCAGCCUGAUCCCCUGGGCUGGCCAAGUUGUGCCUACCUCCCAGUGUAGUGACCCCUGCAGAAAAAACGAGGUGAAAAGUAUGCAGCCAGGAGAUGUUUGCUGCUGGAUUUGUAUCCCAUGCCAGCCCUACCAGUACUUGCAGGAUGAGUUCACCUGUGCUGACUGCAGCUUUGGGCAAUGGCCUCUGGCUAAUCUUACAGGCUGUUACAACCUGCCUGAGGAGUACAUACGUUGGGAAGAUGCCUGGGCCAUUGGACCUGUCACCAUUUCCUGUUUGGGGAUGAUGAGUACACUGUUCAUCAUCGGCCUCUUCCUUAAACACAACGAGACACCUGUGGUAAAGGCCAGUGGACGUGAGCUCUCCUACAUUCUUCUGCUGGGAGUGUUGAUGUGUUACAGCAUGACAUUUAUCUACAUUGCCAAGCCUUCCACUGCCGUGUGUACACUGCGCCGGUUAGGCUUAGGCACCUCGUUUGCUGUUUGCUACUCAGCCCUCCUGACCAAGACCAACCGUAUAGCUCGGAUUUUCAGUGGUGUGAAGGAUGGAGCCCAGAGGCCUCGGUUUAUCAGUCCAGCCUCCCAGGUUGCCAUCUGUGGUGCUCUGAUCUCUUGCCAGCUUGUAGUGGUGGUGGUCUGGUUGUUGGUCGAGGCUCCGGGCGUGAGAAAAGAAGUGAGUCCGGAGAAGCGAGACGUGGUCACCCUCAAGUGCAACAGCAAGGACUCCAGCAUGCUCAUGUCUCUCACCUACAACUGCAUACUCAUUAUCCUUUGCACAGUCUACGCCUUUAAGACCCGCAAAUGCCCGGAGAACUUCAACGAGGCCAAGUUCAUCGGGUUUACGAUGUACACCACCUGCAUCAUCUGGCUGGCUUUCCAACCCAUUUUCUACGUUACCGCCAGUGACUACAGGGUGCAGACCACCACCAUGUGCAUCUCUGUAAGUCUGAGUGGCUCAGUGGUGCUGGGGUGCCUCUUCGCUCCAAAAAUCCACAUCAUUCUGUUUCAGCCACAGAAGAAUGUCUGCACCCUCAGAGUGGCCACCACCCGCUUCAGCGUCAACACUGGCCCAGCCUCCAGUUUUUCUCAAGCGUCAGCCUCCAACGUUGUUCCAACAGUUUGUAACGGGCGAGAGGUGGUGGACUCCACAACAUCCUCCUUGUGAAGGAUCAGCUGAACCGAUGUAAACAGAGUAAUAUUAUCACUAGUCCUUAAUCAGGUGUCUCAGAUAAGAAGGAGGUCACCCAGAUGAUCAUCCUGACUUUGUUGUUCUCAGAGUGCUGUGAGUACAAUGUCCCAAUUGCGUUAUUUUGGUCUUUGACUCGUAGCAUUUUUAAACGAGAUGCCGAUAAAGUCGAAUAUAACCCUUGUUUUUUUUUUUAUUCUACUUGCAACAAUUGAGUAAAUUAUGGUAAAUCUGUUCAGUGUAAUAUAAUAUACAAGACGUUUUUAUUGUAGAUUCUUGGUGAACCAGUUUGUGCUUUCUUGUAAUUUAUGUAAAUAAAAUGUGUUUUUUAUAAGUAUUGAAAUUA